GGAUGUGGCUUCCGCAGACCAACUUCCACUAUAUUAUCGUAUAUUUUCGUUGCGUUCUUUUGAUAAAUUAUUUAAUACAUAUGAUAUUUGAGGAAAAUAUAAACUUUCCAUCCGUAAAUUUCCUCAUUUUUACGUUGUACAUUGACAGCUGAACUGAAACUGACCUGACUGAACGAAAGAACUGUCAUCUACCGUCAUCGGAAGGGAAACGGAAAAAGAAAAGUGAAAAAGCAUUCAGCACAUUUGCUAAACGCAGUUAUUUCAUUGUAAUUUCGGUAAAGUUUGUUCAGAAUUGCACUGUGCUGGUAAAUAGAACGCGGCUAAGAGAACGGCCACGAUAUGCUAUACCUCGAAGAUUAUUUAGAGAUGAUCGAGCAUUUGCCGCAAGAAUUGCGUGACAGAUUUACUGAGAUGCGUGAGAUGGAUCUAAGCGUCCAAAACAAUACGGAUGCGCUAGAUAAACGUGUGCGCAUGCUGUUCCAGCAAUGUCGCCGUGGAGAAAUUUCAUCUCCGACGGCUGACGUCGAAUUUGAUUCGAUUCGCAACAAUUACUACCGAGUGCUGGACGAUUCGGAUGAAAAGAUUCAGCUGGCUGGACAGAUGUACGAUCUAGUGGAACGUUAUCUGCGACGUCUCGAUACCGAGCUAGACAAAUUCAAGUGUGAGCUGGAAGCCGACCAUAACGGCAUUACGGAGAUACUGGAGAAGCGUUCUCUUGAGCUGGACAGCAUGACGAGCAACGGAGGUACGAACCAGAAGGAAAAUCGGUUCUACGACACACAAAACUCGCACGGAUCGAGUCAUGCCAGUCGCUCGGACAGUCGCUACAAGCUGAAAGCUGAAAAACGGCGUUACAGCGUGGCUACGGGCGUACCGAUGUCGUCGAUGGAGAAACGGACUUUGGCUGGAUCAUCAAAGCCGCUCAACAAUAGUAACAUCCGUCCCAACACUCCCGCUGGCCUGACUCCGGGAGGAGCUGUAGUUGGCACCGUCCUUGCUGGUGUGGCUGGCGUCGGAGGUAUUGGAACGGUUGCUAGUCCCAUCAACACCGUCGCCUGUCCCCAAGCAGUACCGGUGAUGAAUGCGUCUCAAAGUACGGCUACCGUCGCCGCUACCUACAAUCUGCAGACGUGCGGUGCUGGAAACGCGAUCGUGGCUGCUGCCAGCCAGGCCAUAGCACAGACGCAACAGAUGCAACAGGGACGUCGGACGGCGAGCUUGAAGGCAUCAUAUGAAGCUAUCGGUGGUGUUGGAUCGCACGAGCUACUGCUCAACAGCGAGUUAGCCGGUGCGACGCAUAACGCGUUGCAAGCUGUCGAACGGGAGUCGACAGCGUUUUCCAAUCAGCGUCGUCAGAAAAAGAAAACUGUUGGUACGUCACUAGGAUGUGGUAAUUUGCGUACAAAUUCUACGAUGUUGGUAAAUGCAUCAUCUAUAGCUUCUAUUUUGUCCUCACCCUCGCCGAACGUUCAAACACUUUCUAGCUCGCCUUCAAUUUCGUUAUCGUCUGUUCAAGUAAAUUCAACACCGGUACAACAACAUUCGAACCAGCAACAGCAGCAGCAGCAGCAACAACAACAGCAGCAGCAGCAACCACAACAAUCGUCUUUUAUACAACAGCAUUCACUUAAUCAUCAAAUUCCAGUCCAAUCUCAGCAGUUGCUUAUUCAUGCUAAUACUCCCGUUACAUUGCAACAUCAGCUGCAGCCUGUUAUGCAGCAAAUUUCUCUAACGCAAAAUCAAACCCAAACAUGUGUAAAGCAGCAGCUGAUACCUGCACAACAGCAGCAUCAAAUCAUCAAUCAAUCGCACAAACCUGUUCAACUCGUGUCGGCCCAGCAUCGGAUGCCGCGCCACCUGCAGCCGCAACAAUUACAGCAAUCAAUGCAAACCCAACAUCUUCAGCAACAGCAGCAACUACAGCGACCGCAGCUACUACAGCAGCAAUCCCAGCUGCACACCGUUCCUCACCAACAGCUGCUACAAGCCCAGUCACAGCAGAAGCAACAGCAACUACAACAACUGAAGUCGGUACAGCACACGUCGUUCCAACAUCAAGCACAGCCGCCACAGCAGCAGCAUCUUGUCCAGCAACAGGUAGUGCAGCAUAUACAACAGCUACCGGUGCAGCAACAGCAUCAGCUGUUGGAUCACCAACACAAAGAUAUGCAGUUACAGCAAACGAUGCAGCAGCAGCUGUCUCAACAGCAGCAAUUGUCACAACAGCAGCAGUCGCAACAGGUGUUGCAACAACAGCCGCAACAGGUGCUACAACAGCAACGGCAGCUUAUUUUGCAACAGCAGCCUCAGUUGCAGGUUGCCCAGCAGCAGCUGCUACAACAGCAGCAACAGCAGAUGCAGUUGCAAAAUAAGCAGCAGCAGCAGCAGCAGCAGCUGUUGCAGCAACACGCUGGACAGCAGACUGUACAAGUCCUUCCACAAUCGCUACAUCAGCAGCAGCUGCAACAACAGCAACCGCCAUUUUUAACCAGCGUCACACAACCGACCACUAGCGCUACAGUCGUUAACGUAUCCUCCUUCAUGAACACACUUAUUUCGACCAAUCCCACACCGAGCACUAGUAACGCUAGCAACAACAGUACCAGCAGUACCGAACCGGCGGUUAAUCUCGACCAGACGGCGGAAGGCGAAUGGUUCGAUCCGAACGAACCACGGUAUUGUCUCUGCAACCAAGUUUCCUACGGUGACAUGGUUGCAUGUGAUAAUGAAGAUUGUCCGUUCGAGUGGUUCCAUUAUCCUUGCGUUAAUAUUAGCUCGUCUCCGAAGGGAAAGUGGUACUGUCCGCAAUGCAGUAGUUCCAUGAAGCGACGUGCAUCGAGGAAAAACUAAUGACUCUAACUAAUGCGGAUCGGAUGGAUAGCGUUAGUUAGUCGUAAUGGUGGUGCGAAGCAGUGAACAAUUGCAGCUGUUAGCUUUAAAUUCGCUGUAUGCUAAGCUAAACCGAUCGCGUGCAUAGCGAUAGUGCAGUGGGCAAUUGCUGCUGUUAGAUUUAAAUUUGCUGUAUACUAAGCAAAAUCAGUGUGUGAUUGGAUUUAAGAUUGAACAAUCGAUAUUACUAACAUUUGCAGCUAAUGUAAAAUUUGAAAUUAACAAUUAAUUUUUUAUUUCAGGUAGAUCGUUCUUUUGGUGAAAUAGGGAUAACUAAGGUAUGGACGUGCAUUUGAGUGUUGUUUUGUUGUUAUGAAAUAUUUUCUUUUUAAACUACAGAAUAUAAUACUAACGGUGAGGGUGAUGAGCUGAAGAAUGAAAAGAAGCACUUAGAAACUUA